AUCACGGACCACGUUUGCAUAGCCUUGGUAACUGGCAGUCCUGUCAUUUCUUUAGUCUGUUCCAAAACUUUCUCUUUCAUCUUCAUUUUGUAAAUAUUUUGUGUAUCUCCAAAUGCCUGACUACAGUGUUUUCCCUUAAUCACACUAAAAGCUAUAUGAUAAAGCGAACUUCUGAGGCGUAGGCAGUCAUUACGCCAACUUCCAAGGCUAUUUGCGAGAAUGACGCCUUGUACAUCAACAAUACUGUCUGUGUGUACCCUUACCCCUCACAAUUUCCGAAGGAACUGCCCUGCCAUAUAGGCGACUGUUUGAUUACACAGAUUGUUACUUAGCAGUCUGCUCCACUCCCUUCCCACUCACCAAGCCAACUGGCCAAACAUAGUCAUGUUUUUUGAUGGAAUAAUUAGUAGCCAUUAUUAUAUCAAAGCACCCGCUUUAUACAACAAACGGCAUGUAAAAUAUGGCUUCACUGCGACAUCACACGCUACAUUAGGUUCAUUUUAAUCGUGGAGUUUAUUGGAAUAACUUCAUCUGUCCACAUGAGCAGAAUUCCAGAAAAAGAAAGACCAACAACCGCAAGGUUGUUGGAGCUGCAUAUAUUCUAUGUACCAGAAGAAAAGUGGAAUUCAAAACUCAAUAAAGCUCCAAUUGAAGCCAUUGACGGCUUCAUAUCUGCCGGCUUUAUCAGAGUGUAUCCCAACAUAAGUUUAAAAACUCUCAGGGAUGAACUUGGUGGGCUUCUUGGGGCAGAAAAGUCAAUUGACAAUUUUUCAUUUUUGAAAUGUGUCGGUCGAAGUUUGGCAUUGGUCAAAGCCAAACAAGAAAGGGAACUGAAAGUGAAGUCCUUUGUCCCUCCAUUUGCCCCACAUCCAGAACUGUACCUGCUGCCCAUGGUGGAAAAUAGUGACAGUGUUCUCUCUGAUUCGCUCACACCGGAUAGGCAGAUUUACCGCACAGACCUUCACACGUACUCUGCCAAGAGUUCCCACGUGCCUACUGUGACAAAAAAGUCCUCAAAACUUCCCCAGAUCAAACACCAAGCACCCCAACGGCCUCCCCCAACACAGAUCAUGCAAGGUUUGGGGAGCUUCAGCUCUAGCGAUGAGAAGGAAGAUGUCCUCCACUCUCAAGAGCCAGGGUGGGAUGAAACCCGCAACCCCCCAGGGAGAGACCAGGAUCAGUCAGAAUCUGUUCUAGAACAGGAAGAAAUGGCUCCAGCAGCAGAGCCUCAAGCUAAAAGCAAUACCUACGUAAAGAUGGGCCCCCGUUUCCGGAAACACCCCACUAGAGAUUCUGGAGUUCCUGAGUCACUGGAGGAUUAUGAUUCUGGAUUCUCCCCCUCCAAAGCCAGGAACUCAAAUCGCUCUCAGCCGUUAAAGUACAUUAGCAAGAAAUCAAAUAAUCAGAUCCGGAGAAAUCCACCCCAUCUGCCCACUUCUGCACAGUAUUCCCCACCCCCUUCCUCAGCACUUCCUCAUCAUACCAUAGCAACGUGCAAACCCACUGCUUCUGUUUUCCUCACAGAUAGAGAGGAGUUGAUUGAGCAGAUUAAAUUGGUGAAAGAAGAGCGGAAGCAUCUUGAAAGGACUCGACAAGGCCUGCUGCGAAAAGGCAAAGACCUACUGGCACAGAACAGAUACCGUAGGAUGAAUGCGCGAGACAGCUGGAAGAGGAAGUACUUUGAUACAAAGAAGGCCACAGAACACCUGGAGAGCACUCUAAAAAGUCUCAGACAGGACUUGGAAGCAUUUUAUCACAAACUGCUCCAACAGCUGCAGGCACGGGAUGGCAGGCACAAAACCAAACACCUGGGGAAACCUUACGCCAAGAAUGAACUCAUCAUCCAGAUUAUUUUGGAGAGCCAUGAAAUAGACAAGCUGAAAAAGAAAGUGGAUGAUGCCAAAAUGAAACUGGUCACAGAGCUGAAGCUCAGGAAGCAGGCUGCAACUGAACUCCAGGCACUAAAAGCAGAGCUAAUACAGAAGGUCCAGUCUUCUCUCCCUGUCCCACACAAAAGCUCUGUGGGCAAUGGGUUUGGGUCCUAGAGCAGGUUGAGUUAGCUGGGCAUUUCAAGUAAAUCUCUGUGGCUUCAACUCUUAUCAUAAGGAACUAAGAAUUAAGGUUUUUUUCUGUGUGAAGAGGCUGUUUUUAUCAAAAGGUAAUCAGUGCUCAAUAAUUCCAAACAACUUCUGUCAUGUCAAACCCACUGACAUACAAGCGUUAUUUCUUCUACAACUUGUUAAUCACUUGGAUUUUUACACUACAGGUUAUAAAUAAGCAAUUGAGGUUUUACUAUAUGAUUUCAAGAUGUUUUAUUCAACAGUUUAUUAAAGGUUUUGCAUUAAAACCUUAUUGUUAUCUUAUUACAUGAAUGAAGUGCAUAAUCAAGGUAAAUUUGUUUGCGAAAUUAUAUUUAUCAUUAUGUUCAAAAUAUUCAGCAUAAAGCAUUAAACAGAAACAAAUUCAG